CAUCACAGGGAUGGGGGGCAGAAACAGACCCUUGGCAAGGGCGGGCGGACGGCACCCCUUUCAAUGGGGUGAGUGCACACACACACACACACACACACAGAGAUCGCUAGCAGGAAAGCGUCACGUGUGCACCCGCGCCCCCGUGAUGCGGCCGUCGCCGCCGCCCUCCUCGCGGGGCUGCCAGGAUCUCUCGCGGGAGAAGAAGCCGAGCUCCUCCGUCCGUCCGACGAGCGGCUGCUUUCCUCGCGCAGGGUCGGGAGGAAGGUCCUUUGCGGCCAGCGGCCGGCCAAGAAGGGGUUAAGGCCCUCCGAGUGGUACGUAGCUAGAGAAGACGCCUCCACGCCACGCCUCCGGGGAGGGAGGAAGUGACGUUGUUGGGCUUCCUCCCUCGUGAGGUUCUCUCCGCGGCCUCCGCUCUUCGAGGCUUCCCGGGGCUCCAACCAGGUUUCUUCCGCUUCGGCUCAAGUCUCUCGGUUCUUCCCAUUGAGCUCGAGCUGCCAGUUGUGAAAGAAGUUUCUCAAAACUUAAAUUAAUCGAAACGUAUCAGAGAUCUACAGUGAGCCAAGAAGCCAUGAGCCAGUGAGUACGGUAACCUAGCGAUACUGUCAAUUGAGAGAGAUUUCCAUGUACAUUUUGAUACUGUUGUUGAAAAAGGAGCACAAAUGAACACCAGGCUAUUUGAGUAUGCUGCCAUUUAAUGCGUUUUACUUUAAUUACAUCGGUAUGUCCUUAAAAGACAAUGCAUAUGCUUGGGAGGGUUAAUGGGUUCAAUAAUGGGCUGGUGGAAGGGACUCGGAGAUCGUUACCAGUCCACGGGUUGGGGGUGCAAUACUUGCUUUGCCAUGAGCUCCCGUUGCUCGGUCCCAGCUCCUGCCAACCUAGCAAUUCGAAAGCAUGUCAAAAUGCAAGUAGAUAAAUAGGUACCGCUACAGCGGGAAGGGAAACGGCAUUUCCGUGCGCUGCUCUGGUUCGCCAGAAGCAGCUUUGUCAUGCUGGUCACAGGACCUGGAAGCUAUACGCCGGCUCCCUCGGCCGAUAAUGCGAGAUGAGCGCGCAACCCCAGAGUCGGUCACGACUGGACCUAAUGGUCAGGGGUCCCUUUACCUUUGCCUAGGAGCAAGUCCAGGCCUGUAAGGUGCAGGGGGCGGGGACUGAACACGGAUAGUCACUUUCUCUUUCCUCUCUCUCCUUUGUUCUGCAGCACAGUGGGGGGGAGGGCAUCAGCAGAAAUGAAAUUUAUCCCUGAAGGUGCCUUUGAGUCUCUCUGCAGGGAAUAGCUUUUAAUUUGACAGUUAUGAGACGCAUGCAGCAGGCAGUUGCGGGGGCGGGGGGGGGGAGAGGGAGGAAGCCUAACAUGAAAAGCCGCCCCACGCCACCAGUCUGCCCCAAGGGAUGUCCUGGAACAAUCCCUCUCUCAGCACAAGAACUUUGAAUCAUAGAAUCUUUAGAGUGGGAAGGGACACGAGGGUCAUCUAGUCCAACCCCCUGCAAUGCCAAAAGAAAGUCUUUGGCCGUGGGUCCUUUGCACCCUGACUCAGGUGGGGGGGUGUUGGGGUGAGGGGCAAUUGGAAGCAUUGAAUUGUAGCAUUGGGAGGAACCCCAAGGGUCAUCCCGUCAGGGGUGCAGGGCAGCUGGGCAUCUUCACCCUCCCACCCCCAGCCUUCACUACAUGGUUAGUGUUGCUCGGAGAAGGUAGGAGCGGGAUUCUCGGCCCGGACCCAGCUCUCGGUGAAGUCCAGAAAUAAACAGUAAAUUGCAAGACCUCGGGCCAGGAGGAAGAUGAAUUUCAAGGAAGUCUUCAAAAGGUUUUAUUUAUGUAAUGCUAAGAUGAAUUCAAGGACCCAGGUGGCGCUGUGGUUAAACCACUGAGCCUAGGGCAGUGAUGGCGAACCUAUGACACGCGUGUCAGACGUGACACACAGAGCCCUCACUGCUGGCACACGCCCCCAUCGGCCCAUUCACGCUGUUGUUGUUGUCCCCCCCCCCAUUUGUUCUCCCGCUCCUCCUCACGCUACAGCUUGUCUUCGCUGUUAAAACCUGUUGUCUCCGCUGUUAAAACCCAGAUCCUUUUUUGUUGUUGUUGUUGCUGGUAGCCAGAGAUUGUUUUUUAACCCUUUCUGUGCUGUUUUUUCUGGCGCUUUGGCAGACUAUGUUGGUGCUGCGUGUUAGUUCCAGCAAAGGUAUUAUUCGUCAUUUAUUUCUGUUCUCUUUCCCCCCCCCAAAAAAAGUGCAGCAGCUUUGGGGCACCCCCCCAAAAAACCCUCCAAAACUUUGGUCAGCAGCUCCCCACCAAAAGCUCAACAACUCUGGGCACUUUGUGAUAAAUAAGGGGUUUUUGGUUUGGUUAAAUAAUUAGUUUUUGGUUUAUUAAAUACAGUUAUAUAUUACAAUUAUAAAUGUUUGUUAUUUAAACUAUAAAUAUCAUGAAAUUAUGGUUUUUUUUCUCGAAGUGACACACCACCCGAGUUAUGCUCGGUUUUUUGGCGAAUUUUGACACACCAAGCUCAAAAGGUUGCCCAUCACUGGCCUAGGGCUUGCUGAUCAGAAGGUCGGUGGUUCGAAUCCCCGCGACGGGGUGAGCUCCCGUUGCUUGGUCCCAGCUCCUGCCAACCUAGCAGUUCGAAAGCACGUCAAAAUGCAAGUAGAUAAAUAGGAACCGCUCCAGCGGGAAGGUAAACAGCAUUUCCAUGUGCUGCUCUGGUUUGCCAGAAGCGGCUUUGUCAUGCUGGCCACAUGACCUGGAAGCUAUACGCCGGCUCCCUCGGCCAAUAAAGCGAGAUGAGCGCGCAACCCCAGAGUCGGUCACGACUGGACCUAAUGGUCAGGGGCCCCUUUACCUUUAAGAUGAAUUCAAAUAGGAAUCAGCAAUGUUUUAAAUGGUCAGAGUGUACAUUGCUGAUGAAGAAUUGGCGAAACAGGACCUUGUCCUGGGAUUUUUUCCACUGGAACUUAUUUUUAUUUGCCUCAUUAUCAUACUGGAAUUGAGUCCUAUUUGAAUUCAUCUUAGCAAUACAUAAAUAAAACCUUUUGAAGACUUACCUGAAAUUCAUCUUCCUCCUGGCCCGAGUUCUUGCAAUUUACUGUUUCUUUCCGCACCCAGCUCUCAGCUACGGCUCCCCUAGAUGGAGAGGAGGGGUCACGGCACUUACAAAAGGAGCCCCGGGCCCCCACCCCGGUCGCCCCUUUGGAGGGAGCAGGCGCCUCUUGGCAGACACAGGCCCCGUCUUUGUUUCUGGGGAGGGGUCCUACAGAAAGACUCGAUGGGACAUGCCAGCACCCUGAGGCACAGCAAGGAGUGCAGGGUGCGUCUGAGGAAGCUGGAGAGCAGAAGGUUUCUUGUUCUGGCGGCUCUGCUGGAGGUGAAUUUCCAGUGAAACCUCUCCAUCUGCCCUGCGUGCCUUGACAGCCCGGCCAGCGUGCCAGGGGCGGGCUCAUCUGCUGUGCCAGGUUCUGCACCCCCGAGUCCGGGACCGAGAAUGGACAGCGCGGACGGGGAGGAGCCAAGCAGAGUCCGUCCAAACGGGGAGAUGGCUGAUGGUAAAAAGACACUUUCAGGUUCCGAAAACAGAAAGAGGAAACUCGAGAAAGAAGAAAAUAUCAAGACAUUGACGACUCCAAUUGGAACUUUUUUUCAACCUAGUACGUCUUUUGCAACGGAGGAUGUAGAAGGAAUGCCUUCCAGAUAUUUGGAACUUACUGCGCCUGUUUUACAGAGAUUAAUUCAGAUAAUUAAAUUUUUGCCGUGUCAGCAUUUACCAUUGAGAGGAAAUACUCAAAAUUUGUUUCAACCAGAUGAUGGAAUUUUUUUGCAGUUAGUUAAGUGUUUCCAGAUUUGAUAAUAUAUUGGCAGAGUAUAUUAAUCGUAUUCAAAAUGCUGGACACCGCCUGGCUCAUUAUCUGGGCCCUAACUUUCAAAACGGAUUGAUCAAUAUAGUAGGUGAAAGAAUAAAAAUGACCAUUGUUAAUCUUUUGAAACAAGCCAAAUAUUAUUCUGUUAUUGUGGAUUGCACUCUUGAUGUGUCACAGGAGGAACAACUCGCUGUUGUCGUCAGGUUUGUGCACCUUAACCCAAAAACAAAAAAAGCUGAGGUGAGAGAGCAUUUUUUAGGAUAUUUCCCUGUUACUGGCACCACUGAAGAAGCACUAGCAACAUUUUUGUUGGAUUUUUUGAAAUCUUCAAAAAUUGAACUAGACGACAUGCGAGGUCAAGGAUAUAUGAGAGGCAAAAAGAUAGGCCUCCCCCAAAAAAUCUUGGCUAUAAAUCCACGUGCUUUCUACGUUCCUUAUGCAGCUCACAGCCUCAAUUUAGUAGUGAUUGAUGCCGCUAAAAGCUCUCUGGAAGUGGUGGGCUUUUUUUGUUUUGUUCAAGAAAUAUAUGUAUUCUUUUCCAGAUCGACAUCAUGUUGGCAAACUCUCAUGGACCAGGUGCCCACGUUAACCUUGAAACCAUCAUCAAACACGCAAUGGGCAAGCAAAGUGGAGGCAUUGAAAGCACUUCGUUUUAAUAUGGAAAAGGUUUACGACGCCUUAUAUUCCAUUUUUUCAGAUAACGAGAGCGAGUGUUACAUAAGGAACACAGCAGAGGCACUGAUGUUGAAACUGAAGUCUUUCAAUUUCAUUUGUUCUGUAGUGACGUGGUAUAGCAUAUUAGUGGAAAUUAAUACUGUUAGUCAAACCUUACAAGAGUCUGAUGUCGUUCUUCCGGAAGCAGUUAAAAUGAUGGAGCAGGUGAAAAAUGACUUGGCUACAAAUCGUACCGACGCCGCGUUUGACAAAAUGCUGCUAGAAGCUAAAUCAAUUGCAGAGGAACUAGAAUGGGAAACUGAAUUUACAAGCACUCCACGCCAACGUCCUAGUAAAGGAUUUCCCAUUUCUGAGCAUACCGAUGAGCAAAUUGAAGAUCUACAGAACAACUUGCUCGACGUGACAAUCACAGAAUUAAAUGAAAGAUUUGAACUGUUAAGUGAACACAAUGACAAUUUUUCAUUUCUACACAAUAUAGAGAAAUGGAGAAAAUUAGAGAAAGGCCAGAAAAGAGCACAGUUUUCAAAUUUGCAACAGAAAUUGACUUCCAAAAGCGGGGCUGAUAUAGAUGGAGAAGAUUUAGUUCACGAGCUAGAACUCGUACCAAUUGAUUUCCGUAGAGAGACAACUCCGCUGGAUCUUUUGAAUUAUAUAUAUUCAAAUAAGAUGAUGUUAGUAUUUCCAAACUUGUCCAUAUUGCUACGUAUAUAUUUAACAUUACCAGUGACAGUAGCCGAAGAUGAAAGAUCCUUUUCGAAAUUUAAAUUUGUAAAAGACUAUUUAAGGUCAACUUUGACUCAAGAAGGAUUGGCCAACCUAGCCAUGAUCAGCAUUGAACAGGACGUAGCAAUCGAUGCAGACGACCUUAUCAAGGAUUUGGCUGCUCUGCGCCUGGAACUGCAAGACUGUACUGUAAAUGAUCACAUUUCCCAAGUGUCUGAUAGCCAAGUUCCCCUACUUUUCACAGACUGGGAAUAGUGGCUCCCUCCGAUUGUACCCAUUCUGGAAUUAUACUUGAAAGUACUAUUGCAGUUAAAACCUGUUCCUCACUUCCACUGUGUAUUCAUAAGGGAUUUGAUUUAGAUUGGUCAGUUGGUUUUUUCCUACUUUCUUCAGUUUAAGCUUGAAUUUUGCUAAAAGAAGCUGAUGAUCUGAGCCACGGUCAGCUCCAGGUCUUGUUUCGGCUGACUGUAAAGAGCAGGCACCCCCAAACUUCAGCCCUCCAGAUGUUUUGGACUACAAUUCCCAUCAUCCCUGACCCCUGUAGGCCAAAACAUCUGGAGGGCCGCAGUUUGGGGAUGCCUGGUAUAGAGCUUCUCCAUCUUUGGCUGCAGAGAAUAUAAUCAAUCUGAUUUUGAUGCUGCCCAUUUGGUGAUGUCCAUGUGUAGAGUCGUCUCUUGUGUUGUUGGAAAAGAGUGUUUGUGAUGACCAGCUUGUUCUCUUGACAGAACUCUAUUAGCCUUUGCCCUGCUUCAUUUUGAACUCCAAGGCCAAACUUGCCAGUUCCUUUUAUCUCUUGACUCCCUACGUUAGCAUUCCAAUCCCCUAUAAUGAGAAGAACAUCCUUCUUUGGUGUCAUUUCUAGAAGGUGGUGUAAGUCUUCAUAGAAAUGGUCAAUUUCACUUUCUUCAGCACCGGUAGUUGGUGCAUAAACUUGGAUUACUGUGAUGUUAAAAGGUCUGCCUUGGAUUCGUAUCGAGAUCAUUCUAUCAUUUUGAGAUUGCAUCCCAUUACAGCUUUCGCCACUCUCUUGUUGACUAUGAGGGCCACUCCAUUUCUACUACAGGAUUCUUGCCCACAGUAGUAGUUAUUAUGAUCAUCCGAACUGAAUUCGCCCAUUCCCUUCCAUUUUAGUUCACUGAUGCCCAGGAUGUCGAUAUUUAUUCUUGUCAUCUCAUUUUUGACCACAUCCAGCUUACCUCCAUCCAUGGUUCUUACAUUCCAGGUUCCUAUGCAAUAUUUUUCUUUACAGCAUCGGACUUUCCUUUCGCUUCCAGGCAUAUCCGCAACUGAGCGACCUUUCAGCUUUGGCCCAACCGCUUCAUCAGCUCUGAAUCUACUUGUACUUGUCCUCCGCUCUUCCUCAGUAGCAUGUUGGACACCUUCCGACCUGAGGGGCUCAUCUUCCAGCGUCAUAACUUUUAUAUGCCUGUUGUCUUUGUCCAUGGAGUUUUCUUGGCAGGGAUACUGGAGUGGCUUUGCCAGUUCCUUCUCCAGGUGGAUCACGUUUAGUCAAAACUCUCCACUAUGACCUGUCCAUCUUGGGUGGCCCUGCAUGGCAUAGCUCAUAGCUUCUCUGAGUUAUUCAAGCCCCUUCGCCACGACAAGGCAGUGAUCCAUGAAGGAGGAUAUCAUUACUAGACAUCCAUUUUUCAAUUUCCCCCCUCCCUGUUGACUUCCCUCAGCUUCCAUUACUGGUUUAUUACACCAAAUGUUACAUUCUGCUUUUUA